ACCAUUCCGCGCCACGCGACGGCAACAUCACGCAUUUGCUUCAUUCAGCUUACAGUCCACGAAGAAACGCUUGUUUCCGCAUUAAAACCCGAUUAUAAACAUCGAGUCUUACUGACAGUUUAUAGCGAAUUCGGAUCUUAUAUUUUGUAUUUCAGUAGAUAUGAAUUCGCUUGUGGGAUACGGGGUCUCGUCUGAAUCAGAGGAUGAAGAGAGGGGGGAGGGCAAAGGAAACGAGUCCUUCAAAAAGACUGACUGUACUGCCGAGGAACCGAAAAGCCGUAAUUUCCUGCUGGAGUCCGAGUCACCUUCCAGCGACUCUGAAUCUGGUCCAGACAAUGAGGAUAAAGAGGUCAAACACCCAUCCUUGAAGCCCUUGCCGACCCCAACCAGCCCAUCCUCACACUCACAAGCUCCCACCUCCGCCUCUGGGAGGCUCCGGCUCAAGUGGAGUUCUCACGGGCAGCAGUGUGUUCACAAACCCAUUCAAAGAAAUGGCAGAUGAGAGACUACAUGUCCUGCAGAAACACGUACCUCUUACUCUACAAGCCUGCCCCACCCAGAUCGGUGGUAAGCGCAUAUGUUUGGCAUACAGAAAGAAUGGCCGGUGCCGUUUUGGAAGCAGCUGCAAGUUUGCCCAUGACAGUGAUUUGCAGAAUAACCGGACGGUCACCUCUGACCAUACACCAAAAGACAAUGCCACUGCCACUGCUGCUGGGACACAGGAUGAUUCUUCCUGUGAUCUUAACAAGGAGGCAGAUGAUGACGAUAAAGAGAAAGAACGGCGGAAAAAGAAGAGAGUAGGGGUUAAUGAUUCUCUUAUUCCACCAAAACGCGCUCUUAAGAUGUAUGCAAGGCUCUCGCACCCCUAAAGAAGACUUUACCACACACUUUAAGAAUAACAAAGAUGUAUUGGUUGUUAAACGUUACAAGGGAUCUUGUGUUAUUGCAUGUAUAAUUUGUAGUAAUGGACAGAAAUAAAAACAAAAAGGACACUGCUGUAAGUGAGAUCCUUCAGAAAUAAUAUUUAUAGUACUGCAUCUUAGUAACUUAACUUUGUGGAACACAAAUGUGAAAAAUCUUUUACAUGUGUGAUAUGAGAAACAGUUGCAUGUAUAAUUUUUUUUAAAUCUAAUUGUACAAUCCGGGACAUUAAUUUUAAAUACAUGUUUGUUGCUUAAUGACUUAAAUAUGUGAUAAAAGCAGCAGAAUGACUGUUUGCUUAACUGUUUAAAACCUAGCGUUGUCGAGUUGACCUACAUCACUUAAUGUGUCAUUACAGCUUAUUGCUUAACUGUUUUUCUGCUGUAGCCGCUAUAACCAUAUGAUUACACAAAAGUAACAGACACUAAAAUAAAACAGGGAUGGAUGGAUUAAUUGGGGGCCAUUCAGAGCAGAACACGUUAUUGUGUUAAAACGCCUACAAAGUGCAUUUGCAAUGAAGAAUUAAUGCUCCUAUAAAUGUGUCUCAUGUUCGAUUCUAAAGUACACACUUAUAUAGCACAACGGCCAUAUGUGCAUCUGUUCUACAUA